AUGCAUACUUUAAAGCUAAAAAUGACGACUUUGUUGUCUUUCGUACUCAUCACCGCCACCCUUCUCGCCACCUCCAGCGCCGGAAACAUAGCCAUCUAUUGGGGUGCGAUAAACAACGAAGGAUCCCUCUCUGACACUUGCGCCACGGGAAACUACGCUUUCGUCAUCAUAUCGUUCCUGCGCAACUUCGGCAAUGGUCAGACUCCCGUUCUCAACCUCGCCGAUCACUGUGAUCCCGCCUCCGGUGGUUGCACCAGCCUAACCGAUGACAUCAACUACUGCCAGUCUCGGGGCAUUAAGGUCCUCCUCUCCAUCGGCGGAGGGACUGGAUCCUACAUCCUCACAUCCGACGACGAUGCACGUCAGGUGGCCGACUAUAUCUGGAACAACUACUUAGGCGGCCAGUCCUCGUCAAGGCCCCUCGGCGACGCCUUGCUCGACGGAGUAGACUUCGACAUUGAGGGAGGCAGCCCUGACCACUACGAUGACCUCGCUUACUACCUCUCCGCCUACAGCAACCAGGGGAAGAAGGUAUACCUCACCGCGGCGCCACAAUGCCCUUAUCCGGAUGCUUGGGUCGGCAAAGCACUGGACACCGGUCUCUUCGACUAUGUUUGGGUUCAGUUCUACAACAACCCGCCUUGCCAGUUCUCGGAAGGACGGCCGAGCAACCUGCAGGAAGCCUGGAACCAAUGGACUACAGCGAUUCAGGCAAAGCAGUUCUUUCUUGGCCUGCCGGCGGCGCCCGAUGCGGCCGACGGCGGAUUUAUUUCAACAAAUGACUUGACGGCUCAGGUGCUUCCAGCAUUGAAGCGAUCGAGGAACUAUGGAGGGGUGAUGUUGUGGUCGAGAUACUAUGAUGUGGAGACCGGCUAUAGCCAAGCCAUUGUAUCCUCUGUUUGAGGAGA